CAUUCCAACUGAAUGAUUUAUAAUAUUGCAUUCAACCAAAGUUUCAAGUGAAGAGCUUUGUCCAUAACCAGAUAAUACCCAACACCCAACCUAAAAACAUGUAUCAGAUUUGGAAGCUCAUGCUCUUAGUUUCACUUUUAAUUUGCCACCUUCUAUCCAAGGUGCCGGCAACAUCAUUGGAGCCACCAAAGCACUUUGUGUUGGUUCAUGGGUCUUGCCAUGGCGCUUGGUCAUGGUACAAGGUGGUGCCACUGCUAAAAUCUGGUGGCCACAAUGUUACCGCCUUAGACCUGGGUGGGUCAGGGGUUGAUCCACAGCAAGUCAACACUCUGAGAUCGAUCUCUGAUUACAUAAAGCCCUUGAGGGAAUUCAUGGCAUCGUUACCCGAUGAAGAAAAAGUGGUGCUUGUUGGUCACAGUUUAGGCGGUUUGGCCAUCUCUCAAGCAAUGGAAAUGUUUCCGGAAAAAGUCGCUGUAGCAGUUUUUGUGACAGCCUCCAUGCCUGGUCCAACACUCAACGUUUCCAUUCUCAUUCAGAAGGCAUUACGUGAUCAAGAUUCCCAAAUGGACAACCAUUAUACAUACGAUGAUGGGCCUAGCAGCCCUCCAACCACCUUCACUUUUGGUCCAAUGUUCCUCUCUUCUAAAGUCUACCAGCUCAGCCCACCUGAGGAUUCUGCAUUGGCAAGUAUGUUGAUGAGGCCAAUACGGUUGUAUAGUGCAGAAGACAUGUCAAGAGAAGUAGUACUCUCUCAGAAGAAAUACGGGUCGGUUAAUCGGGUUUUUAUAAUUUCGGAAAAGGAUUUGGUCUCCAAGGAGGAUUUUGUAGGGUGGAUGAUCCGGGAAAACCCACCCCGUCAAGUUGAAGUGAUCAAAGGGUCCGAUCAUAUGGUGAUGAUGUCCAAGCCUAUCCAACUUUCUAAACUGCUAUUAUGCUUAGCUACAAACUACAGUCAACGCUAGAAGAAAUUUAAAUUAUUAUAAUCUAUUUAUAAUAUUUUUAUUAUAAGAUUUUAAUGUCCUUUAAGAAUAUAAUUUUAUAUCA